UACAGUCGUCGAUCAUCAAGGCACGAGCUCACGAUCAAGCUAGAGCAAAGCUUAGCAUCGAGAAAGUGGAUGGGAAACUGCGGGGCGUCGCAGCGUGCCGUGGAGUCGUGGGCCGACGGCGACGAGUGGGAGGAGGAGGCGGCGGCGUCGUCCUCGUCGGAGGACGACCACCGCGAGAGGAGGGAGCACGCGGCGGAGGUGACCAUCAGGAUCACCAAGAGGCAGCUGCACGAGCUGAUGGAGGGGAAGGCCGGCCACGGGAGGAGCCGGCGGUCGACGCAGCAGCUGCUGGCCGACAUCAUGAACUCCGGCGAGGUGCACCACCACGACCAGCACAGGGAGGCGCACUGGAAGCCCGCCCUGCAGAGCAUUCCGGAGGCCGUGGAGUCAUGAGUCCAUCCAUCUCGUCCCUGCUACUCCUUGGUGGUUAAGUUGCCGCUUGAUUAUUUGCGAAAAGAUGUCGCCACUUUCCUCCAUGUUAAUAAUUUCUUUUACAGGAUCACAUUUUCUUUAGUUUGCAUCACGUUUAGUUCGGUGCUUACUGAUGUGCAUAGGUAAAUAACAUUUGGAUAAAAGUUCGUUCAAUUCUUCAGAUAGAGCAUGUACAUAAUUGUAGGUGAAAUUGCUGUAAAAAUCGUUUACAAUUGUAUAAAGAUGCCAGAUUCGAUGAAUAUGUU